AUGUCUCUUCGACUCUCCAGUGGAUCCAGGAGGGCCUGUCCCCGUCCUACUGCAGGAUCGCUCAGGCUCUCUGGCGGGGGAUCUGGCUUUGGAGCGGGCAAUGUCUGCAGCCUGCCUGGAAUUGGAAGUGGUUUCUCGUGCGCCUUCGGGGGCAGUUCAUCAGGGGGAAAUGCAGGGGGAGGCAAUCUCUGUGCUGGCUUUACACUGAAUGAGGGGGGCCUCCUGUCAGGCAAUGAGAAGGUGACCAUGCAGAACCUCAAUGACCGCCUGGCCUCCUACCUGGAGAAUGUGCGUGCUCUGGAGGAGGCCAAUGCCGACCUGGAGCAGAAGAUCAAGGGCUGGUACGAGAAAUUUGGGCCUGGUUCUUGCCGCGGUCUUGAUCACGACUAUAGUAGAUAUUUCCCGAUAAUUGAGGAUCUGAAAAAUCAGAUCAUUGCUUCCACCACCAGCAAUGCUCAUGCUAUUCUGCAGAUCGAUAAUGCCAGGCUGACAGCGGAUGAUUUCAGACUCAAGUAUGAAAAUGAGCUGGCUCUUCACCAGAGUGUGGAGAGUGAUGUCAAUGGGCUACGCAGAGUUCUGGAUGAAAUCACCUUGUGCAGAACAGACCUGGAGAUUCAGUAUGAAACCCUCAGUGAGGAGAUGACUUACCUAAAAAAGAACCAUAAGGAGGAAAUGCAGGUCCUGCAAUGCGCGGCCGGAGGGAACGUGAACGUGGAGAUGAACGCGGCACCCGGGGUGGACCUCACCGUCCUGCUGAACAACAUGAGGGCUGAGUAUGAGGCCCUGGCCGAGCAGAACCGCAGGGACGCAGAGGCCUGGUUCAACGAGAAGAGUGCUUCGCUGCAACAGCAGAUCUCUGAGGACGUUGGGGCCACAACCUCAGCCCGGAAUGAACUGACCGAAAUGAAGCGCAAUCUCCAAACAUUGGAAAUUGAACUUCAAUCUCUCUUAGCCACGAAACACUCCCUGGAGUGCUCCCUGAGCGAGACUGAAGGCAACUACUGUGCACAGCUCGCCCAGAUCCAGGCUCAGAUCGGGGCCCUGGAGGAGCAGCUGCACCAGGUCAGAACCGAGACGGAGGGCCAGAAGCUGGAGUACGAGCAGCUGCUCGACAUCAAGGUCCACCUGGAGAAGGAAAUCGAGACCUACUGCCGCCUGAUUGAUGGAGAGGAUGGGGCUUGCAAGUCUGGAGUUUACAAGUCUAGAGAUUAUGGAUCUGGAAAUGUGGGAAAUCAAGUCAAAGAUCUGGCCAAAGCCAUAGUGGUUAAGAAAGUUCUUGAGGAGGUAGACCAACGAAGCAAAAUACUCACCACCAGGCUCCACUCCCUGGAAGAGAAAUCUCAAAACAAUUAA